CAACCCCUCCACAGUCCCGGUUUGCAUCGGCCUAACGGGUCUCCAACGUCAGAGCAACCACACCCUCAAGAUUUGCUGGAGUUGAAUGACCUUCUCCUGUAUUCUGGAUAUUCCAUGCGAAUUUUGGAUAUGCAGUGACCCUCAAGACACAAUGUCUUCUUCUACCCUCCCUUCGUGCGUGCGAAGGUCAUUUCGGACCGCUUCACUACGCAGUCGCUCAUUGAGACACCCUAAUACGACGAGACGAACCAUCGCGACACAUACACAUUCCCACCAUGCGAAUGCCAUUUCCGUCCUGCCGACCGCGGUCGACACAUCUUCCGGGGAUUUCAAGGAAAAUGCACGCCAGAUGGAUGAGCUGGUGGAGGAAAUGAAGCAAUUGCACGUCAAAAUAUCAGAAGGUGGAACACAGAAGGCGAGGGAUAAGCAUGUUGCGCGAGGGAAGAUGCUACCCCGAGACCGCGUUACUUCCCUGAUAGAUCCGGGAACUGAAUUCCUCGAGUUGUCGCCUCUUGCUGGGCAUGAAGUCUAUCCCGGAGAGGAUGUCCCCUCCGGAGGGAUAAUCACCGGGAUUGGUGUCGUUGAAGGCGUAACAUGCAUGAUCGUAGCGAACGACAGCACAGUAAAAGGAGGAACAUACUAUCCCAUCACCGUAAAGAAGCAUCUCCGAGCGCAAGCCGUGGCCGAAGAAAACAGAUUACCAUGCAUCUACCUGGUCGACUCCGGCGGGGCCAACCUCCCACAUCAAGCCGACGUCUUCCCCGACCGCGACCACUUCGGCCGCAUAUUCUUCAACCAGGCCCGCAUGUCUUCCAAAGGCAUCCCGCAGAUCUCCAUUGUCAUGGGCCCAUGUACGGCAGGUGGUGCAUACGUGCCAGCUAUGUCCGAUGAAUCCAUCAUCGUGCAGGAACAGGGGCACAUUUUCCUCGCCGGCCCACCCCUCGUGAAAGCGGCGACCGGGGAAGUGGUCAGCGCCGAAGAUCUGGGCGGUGGAAGGCUACACACCGAAGAGAGCGGCGUCGCGGACUAUCUUGCUGUCGACGACGCGCACGCCAUCGUUCUCGCCCGACGGUCCGUCUCGAACCUGAACCUCGGCCGACUCCCUCCCAACCGCAGCGGUGAAGAAAUCCUAAGCGGCCUCGACCGCCCAUCCAACCUCACCACCGAGUUCAAAGAGCCACUCUACGACCCCACCGAGCUCCACGGCAUCGUCGGCGCCAACCUCCGCAAACAGAUCCCCAUCCACGAAAUUAUCGCGCGCCUCGUCGACGGCUCCGAGUUCGCCGAAUUCAAGCCUUCCUACGGCUCGACACUGGUCACAGGCUUCGCAUUCAUCCAUGGCUUCCCCGUCGGCAUACUCGCGAACAACGGCAUCCUCUUCAGCUCGUCGUCCGUGAAAGGCGCGCAUUUCAUCCAGCUAUGCGCGAGCCGACGCAUCCCGCUAGUGUUCCUGCAGAACAUCUCAGGGUUCAUGGUCGGGAAGGAGGCGGAGAAGGGUGGCAUCGCGAAGGAUGGGGCGAAGCUGGUGACCGCGGUGGCGUGUGCCGACGUGCCGAAGUUCACGGUCGUGGUGGGUUCGUCGGCGGGAGCGGGGAACUACGGGAUGUGUGGGCGGGCAUAUUCGCCGCGGUUGCUAUUUACGUGGCCGAAUGCGCGGACGAGCGUGAUGGGGCCGGAUCAGUUGACGUCGGUGAUGGAGGCGGUGGGGAAACAGGUGGAUACGGGGCUGCGGGAUCGGAUCGAGAGGGAGAGUCGGGCGGUGUUUGGGAGUGCGAGAUUGUGGGAUGAUGGGAUCUUGCCGCCGGUGCAGACCAGGCAGUACUUGGGGGUGGGAUUGAGAGCGGCGUAUGCGAAUAGCGAUUGGAGAUUAGGGGGAGAGGAGCGGUGGAGGGAAAGGGGCGGGAGAUGGGGAGUAUUCCGGAUGUGAUCUGAUAUUUAUGCGGCCUAUCAUAUUCAAACUAAAUACCUAACUGAUCUCGGCACUACCUAAGAUAGAAAACGGAGUCCUGGGGGACAGAAAUCGGGAUGGUGCUAACCAUUAGAUGCACAGCAGGGCAGAAAAUGAUGCGCGGUUGAUGAGGUUGGUGUACCUGUGGAACCACAGCUCUGAACGAGAUUAAUGUAAAAGGGAUGGUUCAUAAUUCAUAUAGAUCUUUAGAUCUACCUGUACUCGUAAACGGCGCAGAGGAAUGCAGGCCAGAUUUAUUAAUAUUGUUCCUAUGUACCGACAGUAGAUGUUGUCUAGACUGGUGAUAGGGGCAGCUGGGGA